AUGGAUAAAAAUUGCGUAAAGCAUGGAAAAAGAGUCGUAAUAGUGGAUAGAUCAUCAAAAGAUCUUUAAGGUAGAAAUCUUUGCAUUUAAUGUUUAACUGAAUAAAAAAAUAAUUUAAUAAGUUAUGAAGAUGUCCAAUAGGAACUUCAUGAAUUAAAAGCGUAAUUAAUUAAGGAAAAAUAUGAUCUAAAUAAAAAGAACAUAGAUCUCCUAGAUGAUCUUAAAAAUAACUUAUGGUAGUUGAAGUCACAAAUUUCAGCCCUAAUUGAUAAACAUCUAGAAUGCUUUGAAUAACAAAUUUAAUUAAUAUCAGAUUCUUAAAAUAAAUUUGGGAAAUAGAUUGAAAGCUUAGAAACAAAAGAUCUUGACUCAUUUGUCAAAUAAUACUCAGAAAUAGAAAAGCAAUUUAUCAAUUAUUAAGACAUCAAAGAUCUUCUUUUAAAAAAUCUUUCUUCCCUUUCAAAUGAUUAACUUAUCUAAAGAUUUGCAGAAAUAUUAUCUAAAAUUAAUACUGGAAUGCUGAAUUACUCGAAUGAAGUCAUGAGUAAUUUUAAAUAAUAGUUCACUCUUUUAUAAGCGAAUAAUGCAUCAAGCAUCAAUUUAACUUGUAAAUAGCAUAAUGGUUGUUAAAUUAUAAUGGUGGACCUUAAUGAAAUAUAAAAAGCUCCAAGUAGAUUAAUUUGUGUGAAAUGUAUGAGCGCUUAUCCAGCUAAAUAUGAAACAAUUGAUGAAUUUAAAGAGUAAUGGUAAAAUUAUUUAUAAGAAAAAUAAAAUUACUGUAGCAAUUAUAUAGAAAAAGUUGAAAGCAAAACGAAAGAACUAAAUUUAUUAUUCUCUGAUAUUUAAUUAAAGAUAGCCAAUUAAAUAACAAAAAGCACCAAUCAACUAAAUGAGAGAUCUAAUGAUUUAUUAAAUAUCUUUUAAAAGUAGUGGUAAUAAGACAAAAAUUAAAAUUUCUCAUUAAAAAAUUUCAAUGAAUUUGAAGACAUUGUAAAAUAAAUGAGCGGCUCAUAAAAUAUAUAGCAUCUUAUAAGCUGCUUAGAAAGUAACUGCGAUGAAUGGAAUAAGUUGUACUUAUAAUAAAUAUCUGAAAUUCAACAAACAUUAGAGAUUUGUACAGAAAAUUUAAAGAAUAGCAUAAAUAUUAAAUUAAAUGCAGGGAAAGAUAUUUAUUAAGAAACAAAAUCUUUACUAAAUUCAUAAGUAGAUAAAUAAUUUACAUAUGAACUUAUAAAAGAGAGUUCAAUAAAAUAAGAUUAAUUUUGCGGUGCAAUGUCCUUUAAUAAGGAUUGCUCAAUCGUGAUUGUUGGAUGUGAGAAUUAAAUAAAGGUAUUUGAGUUUACUAAAGGAAGGAUGAAUUAAAUUCAACUUCUUAGUGAACAUAAUAUGUCUGUUGUUAAUUUAAAAUUUAUGAAAAAAUCUGAUUAAUUUAUUUCUGGAAGUGAAAGGGAUGGAUAGAUUAUAAUUUGGUCGAUGAAUCCAAAUAAAAAAUGGAUUUACUAAUAAAAAAUAAAUGCACACACAAAAUGUAUUGAAUGUAUCUUAUUGAACAACAAUGAAGAUUUAAUUAUAUCAAGUAGUAGAGAUGGAACAAUUAAAUUUUGGAUCAAAUAGAGUGAAUGGGCAUGCCAAUAAACUAUUGCUGGUCAUGAAGGUUAUGUUUAUUCAUUAAGUUUAAAUGAAUAAUAAAAUAGAUUAAUUUCUUGCAGUAAAGACAAAUCAAUAUUAGUAAUAGAUUUAUAAUAAUAAGAUAACAAGUGGAUUAUAAAAUAGAAAAUAAAUUUAGAUAAGUAUGGUUAUAGAUUAUGUUUUAUUGAUGAUAACUUAUUCACUUUUUAGCCAUAUUAAUAAGAAUAAUUGAACAUUUAUGAGUUGAAUAGUACAAAUGGAUAAUAUGUAAAAACUAAAGUUGUUCAAGUUAAGUGUGGUUAAGAUGAUGGUUAUACUCUAUUUCCUUAAUAAUAUAUAAAGUAAAAAAGUUUACUUGUAAAUAAGAAUGGUUAAAAUAUUAAUUUAAUAAAAAUCAAAUAAAAUGAACAAUUUCUAACUAAGCAAAUUAUUCAAUUUCAAAGUUCUUAUUUAUAUGGAUGCAUGAGUGAUGAUGCAGAGUAUUUAAUAACUUGGGAUUAGAUAUCAAAUGAAAUUUAAAUAAGAUAAUAUAAUCAGAAAUGA